AUGGCGACUGUAAGGUCAUCAUCUACGAGGUGAGUUUCCAUAUUUCUUUGGUUUGUUUUAGCUGUAUAUGAGAUUGGUGACUGUAAAAAGCUCACAAAUGGACCUACUACUUACUAGGGUCCCUUCAUACGCCUCUAGUUUGACGUUCGAAAUGAAUAUUUGAUAUGGUAGUGUCACAAGUAUGUUUCGAAGAUCAGAGAGUAUGAUAUUAUGUAGAUGUCUUAGGCCAGCACCGCUUGCAGACUGUGUAGAAGUUACUCAGUGAUCGCUUCUGGGAGUUAAAGGGUUAAGAAAAAUUUCAACCAAGGAUGUCGAUACUUUCUUUUAGUUUGAAUAUUUUGUUAUUACCCUAAGAUGAAUGAUGAUAAAAACCAGCAAACAAUAAUACCCCAUUGAACACUUGCUCAACUAUGGUUUCUUUGGCUUUAGGAAAAGAACCAAACGCACAGAAGAAAUACCAGAGGUAGGGGAAUUUACCUAUUGUGCAUUUAAAUGAUAUUAAUCACUUGUACCUUGAAUAACUAUGUUGAAUUUUUAGUGGAUAGUUUCUCAUUUCACAUCUGUAGCCAGGCUGUGACUAGACAGAUUCCUUUUUAUUUCAAGGAGAGCAUAGAUUCAUGGAAACCUCCCACUAUCUCUGUCUGUUUUGGGCCACAUGUUUCUUCUCAAGCUACCUUCAGCUGUAACCUGCCUUGCUGUAAACCAGUUGGAAGACAUAGAGGACUCAGAUUUCUUGGCUAAACUUUAGAAUACCCAGUCACUUUGGUCUGCCUCACUUACAUGUGUUGGGAGGCUUUGAAGAUCAAGGCAUGACACAAUAGAUGCUAUUCUUAUUCAAUGACAUGUAAAUGAGUGGCCGGGUAUUCUAACAUUGCUCCAAUUUCUCUCUUUCUUCAUUGCUCUUGACAAAUAUUGAACAUCUUUCUACAUUUAACUAGCAAUCACAGAAUUAACAUUAACAUCUUUCUCAAGAUACAUGUGUUUUCAAAAUAGUUUCAUUGAAUUUAUUUUAAUGGCUGGUAAGAUUGUUCUCUUAACCAUCAACUGCAAUAAGAAAAAUUGUUACUUUAUUUUAAAGGAUGUAGGCUUACAAGCAAGUGGAUUCAAGUUCUCGCGCCAGAGUCGCUACCGAAAGGUAGAAUGCUGUUAGCUCUUUAUUUUGUAAGAUUUUAUCUGCAUCAAGGAAAUUUAUAUAUCAUUUUGUUCAGAUCACUUGGAACCUAACCAUAGCAAGGUCAUUGUGGUGUGUUUGUGGACAAAGACUCUUAAAUAUUGCAGUGCCUCUCUUGAUCUAGGAAGAUGAUUGGGAAUCACCAAUUGUGAAGGAAACCUGACUGAAAAGGUUGGGAAUGACUUGUAAUUCCCCAACAUUCCAUAAUUUGGAAGGAGAUACUCCCUGUUAUGAAGUUAUACACAGACUGGUAAAAGCUUUGGUAGUUUUGAGCCAUUUGGUUUAAAGAGGUACAGUAAUCUUUUUCUUUUUAAGGCUCCCCAGAAAAAAGGAACUGCAAAGAAAAGUGAACAGAAGAAAAGAAGAUCAAGCUUUGUUAGAGGGAGGAAGGAACGCAAGUCUCUUGUGUUUUCAUCUGCAACGUCUGGUUUGUGAUAUAUAAUUGUUUGUCUAAUUACUAGUAUUUUGAAUAAAUCAAGUAAUGCUGUAAUAGCCUGCAUAAAGGUAUCUCUUAUUUCCUGUUACUUGUGCAUCAUGCAUCCAAGCAAAGGAGGUGGAGAUGCCUCUGUCAUGGUGAAAUCUUGGCUAUGAAUGAUUUCUUAUCAAAUUUUUUUCUUAGCAAUGGUAAAUUCUUUGAGCAUGCUGGACUACAAAUGAGGAAGGAUACACUUAGGCUUGAUAAAUGAUACCAAUAAUCUGUUGUGAUCUUAGGCAAGACUCUAAGCCUUGACAGUGCCUUUCUCACCACUUAAAAGAGUAAAUGGGUAUCACCAAUCUAUUGGAAAACUUGACCAAAUGCUUGAGGAUUGUUUUUUAAUGGGAACAGCAUACCAUCUGUUGCAUAUUCAUUUAUAUUCUAUCUUUAAUAUUCAUUGAUCAAGUAUCUAAUAAGCUGGUACAAUCUUGUUACUUAAUCACAAUACUUUCACAUCAUUCAGUAUUCCCACAGUGAUAAUACUAGCAUUGGUACGAGUGCUUUUACUAUGUUCUCAAUACACUACACCAUCCCAUAAAAUUAAUGGUGUACUUCAAGGAGCUUAAUGCUAUAAAAAGAGAGACAAGCACCAGCACUUAAAGGGCACUGCUCUCUUUAGAUUUCCAACAAACUUUUUUACAUCAUGUUGUGCUGCAGAGCUUUAUAAAGAGAUUCCUACUGAUUUGACACCUGAGGAAAGACUGAAAAAGUUAUUUGAAGCCUGUCUUAAGGUAAACUUUUCAACUGUCAAGUAUGCUAAAAUGUUACCUACUGAUCCUAUCUAGACUCUUAUCAGAGGGGGAUAAAUGUAGGCUGUAUUGAAGACCUGAUAUUUUGGACAGUCUCUUCAGGAACAGCUUGUAAAUUUCAUAAUGAACCAGAAAUGAAUAGGUGUUUUUAGAUUUUAGAGUAGGCCUCUUUGUUUCCAAAUCAUGACUGAUUUGCUGAUUAGCAAAAAGUUGACCUGUCUAGAAACCUUUCUCAGUACAGAACUUACAGAAUUGUAUAUUCUACUGUGGAUGACAGAAACAGAACUUUUCACUAACCCAUAUAAACACUAAUUGAACACCUUAUGAAUUAUAUUUCAUGAAAUAUAAUUGAGCCCUUAAAGUUGCACUUAUUCAAAAUACGAGUUUCAUUAUGACCAAGUUUGUUUGCAAGCUAUUUGAAAUGAUAUUCUUACCAGCAAGUACAUGUAGCAACCAUUAUGGAAUGGAUGCUUGAUAUGAAGCCUCUAGUUACUCUUAAUGUAAACUCUUCCUGUGUUUCACACGAAAAUACAUGGCAAUUUGGAAACAAAAUCUAUCAGUUUGUCAUAGGUCACAGUGAGCUUUUCCAUUCUCCCCUCCAAAUCAUAGUUAGUAGAAACUAAUUCUGAAAGGGAAGACAGAUGGCUUUCCCAAUGAUAUUUUGUAAACAAAAGAAAGCAAUGCUCAUUUGUCCAUCAAGAUUCAAAAAAGCUCAGCCCAAGCUUAUCUUUAUGUCAUGUUUUCAGGGAGCAUUGGAGAAACUGGAGAACAAUCCAUUGCAAUAUGAAGUUGAUGGUAUACCAAACUUUAAUGCAGAAGGUAUAGAAUUUAGUGAAUAAAUUGGGUUAUUUAAUGAAAUAAUUAAGCAUUGCAGUGGUGGUGCUCAUCUCCUUCACUCUCCACUCUCCACUGGCUUUUAGUGGUACAGUAUAAAAAAAUCUUGGGUUUAAAGGGCUAUAUCACAGGUAACUCUAUUAAAAUUAUUGGGGUUGAAAUUUUCAACUGAAGUUCAUCAUUUGCUAUCCACCUUCACCUUUACCUUCCUUGACCAUCAUCUUUUCAUGGGAGUUUAUUCUUACCUCUUAGUGUUUGUCAAACCAAGUAAAUGAUUUCUUAAAUUUCAUGGAGACUACACAUAUCUGAGAAAAUUUCAUUGCUGCUGAAAUUAUUUAAAAUAAUGUGGCAUUAAGCUACAAGUGAAUUAUUUUCCCCAUAGCAAAGGCACGUACUGUACAAGACUUUAUAAAACAAGUUUGAACUGUUGCUCUUUGUUCAUUUUCCUAGCAAAAGAAGUGUUCAGCCAUUUGCAAACAGUGAUAUCAGACAGCAAUAUUGUGAAUGAAGCUUUUAAAUCUGCCACCAGCAAAAUAAAGUAAGUAGAAAAUUAGUGAAGUGUCAAGAAACAAAAUUUAUUAUUGCUGCUUUAAUUAAAUUAGCUUUACAAUAUUAAAUUAGCCAUAAGAGUUAUUUUUAUGUGUUGAACAUUAUACUCAACAGUAAUCCAAGCUGCGACCAUUUAGGAAGCCAUAGUGGGAAAAAAGGCCAUGACAUUCAGCAAAAGUUACCAAAUUGGUGAUCUGUGUUUGACAGACAAGGCACUGGCUGCAUUGUUUUUAUUCAUUAAUUUUCUUGAUCGACAUUUGCAUGAAAUUAUUUAAGUGCUCCAUCAUUGCUUCUUUCUCCUCACUUGGGCAAGUGUUGAAACUAGAAAUGUCUCAUACAUGCAAGUCUUUAAAAAUGAUUGCAAGCUACUGUCAAUUAAAAAUUUUAUCAACCAUUUUCUGAUUUUCCGUGGCCAAAUGGUGACUGAUCUCUGUUUCCUAAUUACCUAAUGAUUUUUUUCUUUCCCACAGGCAGAUACCCAACCCUAAAAAUGAAGAACUGGAGGCUAAAGCGGCAUCAAGGCUGGCUGUUACUGAAAGGUACAACAGUAUCAUAAUAUAUGUGUUUAAAACACUUACCGGUAAUGUAAGUAAUGUUCUUGCAUUCCUCACUUUUAAGGUAGCAGUAAAAUUUACUAUUGUGGCAUCUAGUGCAGCAGUGAUAUUUUUUUGACUGGAAAUUUUUUGUACUCUUUAAACUUUUUCUGCUCAAGUUGACCAAAAAAAUAUCUGCUGGGAGCAAUUUUUUGCAUUUUUUUUUUCACUACCAUAACUGUCAAAUAGUCCCAACCUAACCAAAGCUACCUAGUUAACUCUAACUGCAGGGGAAUUCGAGCAAGAGACUGCAGGCCAUCUUAGACUCAAGGUGCUGUUCAAGCACCAGAAAUAAAUGAAGAAAACAUACUUAGUCUUUUCAAAUCCUUUUAAAUAUUGAGUUAUUCAGAGAAAUCACACCAGAUGAUUCAAAGAUUAAUAUUUUGAGUCACUCCAAAGUAUAGCGUAACUGUAAAACGUGCAUAAGAGCUCUGGUUGGACUGAAGAUAGCAAAUUCUUGUGGCAGAAUUCUUUUCUUUUGGAGAACUAACUGAUGACUCAUUUUUUCCAAUCAAAGACAUUAACCCUUUCACUCCCAAGAUCUGAUUAGUAAUUCUCCUUACUAUCUGCCAUACAAUUCUUAUGAUGUUAGCUCAGAGAAUUUGGCAUUGAAUCAACUAAUCAUCCCAUGAUUGAUAUUCUUCUCUAUCUUAUCAUUUUUGAUAUUGCUAAGGAGAAAUUCAUCUUGGCUGAAGGCAAAGAGAAGGCAAGAACAAGAAGUGGGAUGAAUUAUUGUCCUCCCAUAAAAGCAAUAUGGAAAAAAAAGAUAGGUACAAAAAGUAAAAACACUAUUCUUAACAAAUUUGUAUUCUUUCAUUCUAUCAUUUUGUUCUAUCAUUUUUUCAUUCAUUCAUUUAUUCAUUCACUCAUUCAUUCAUUCCUCAGCCCAGCCAUUUUGAGGCAAUAUUACCAUAUUCUCUCUCAUGGCAAUUAGUACAAUUCCUGGCACAGAAAGACAUGCAGUGUAGUGGUCCAUGGGGUAAAUUUCAGAUUAAGGAGGGUGGGUUUGAGUCAUGGGUGGGUCAUCAAGUUGUGUUUGUAGACAACACACUAAGAACCAGUUUCCCUUUCUUUCAACCAAGUACAAAACAUCAAAAAACUGAAACUUGAAAGGUUUGUUGGAGGAUUAGUUAUGGUGUACUCUGUAGUAUUCUGACCAGGUUUAGAGGCAAUACACAUAGUCACUUUAUUUCAUAGAAACUGGAGUAAAUUGCAAAAAGCAGUGAUCCACUAAGGUUAUAGUGAUAAACCAGCACAACCUGAGGAUCCACAAGCAUAUAAAAUAGCCAUGUACUGGUUUCUUGUUUUUUGUUUUUUUUUGUUUUCAAUCCAUCCCAUCUUGGAUAAUCUUUAAAACUUGUACCUGACUGCCAUCUUGUUAUUCUUGCAUGCUAAUGAUCAUUGUCACUAACCAGCACAUGACAGUUGGAAUGCACAAGUACUUUUUAUUUGACAGAGAAAACCAAGAAGAUGAUGUGAAAUCCACAGAUCAGUGUCCAGACUUCCUGUCCCCUGAACAGCACCAGCUGCUCUCUGGAAAGCCAUCAUUGAAAGGGGUAAUGGACAGACUUCAUGAAACAAAAUUCAAAAUGAUAUUACAGGUAAAGAAAUUUAUUUAGAAACAAUAACAUUAAUUAAUUUUUUUUUACAUUGGAAAUCAUAGAGAGUAUCAGAUUUGAACUGAGUGUCAAGAUUGCUGUGGAUUUGAUUCAUUACAUUUUGUGAUGGGUCUAACAAACUUGCACAGUGUAAAAUUGAAAUCAAUCCCUGUUUGGUUACACACUUUGUCCCUUGAAUGAGAUAUAAAUAUUUGCUUUGAGUUUUCAAUGGCCUCUCUUAUUUAUUUACUUUUGUUUUGAUCAACAUUUGGGAUUACUUUGGUUUUGAUUCAAAUUAAUUUGAAUGUUCUUCAAUUUGAGAAUUCCCCUUGCCUUUGCCUAUAAAUAUAUGAUCCAAGAGUGGAUCCAGAUGAAUUUAAAAAGGAAUGCUGAAAUAGCCAAAACAUUUGUGAAAAACAUUGACUCCUGAGAAGGUGUGUGUGUGUGUAGAGGGGGGUGGGGGGCAUGACCCUUUAACUCUGCCCAUGCAAUCAUAUAAUACAGUAGCCAAUAGCCUUUGGUCCCUAAGUCCAAUAUCUACUUUGUUGUUGUAACUGCUUGAUUACAGAUAUUCCUUUUUCUUGUUUGCAGGCAGAUGCAAUUGCCACAUCUAUAAAUACCAGUAAGGAGUAUGAAGCAGUAAGUAGCAGCUUCAUAAGCGAGCAAGUGAAAUCGUUUGGUAAGUUGAAGAAGCUCUCAUCUUUCAACUACAUUGAAACCUCCAACUAUGGGGACACCCAUGGGGGUAGAAAAAGAAUCCCCUCUAUUGAAGAAAUCCUAGGAUGGGCUGGUGUUUGCUGAAUACAGGGUCUGCUUGAUAUGGUGGCUGGGAAGGGGGGGGGGCUGCUAACCACAGAUAUCACUGUAUUGUGCUCAAGUAAAAAGGAAAAUUUGUAGAGGGAAACUUAGGACUUGGGUUGGUGUUUGCAAAGGACAGUGUGCUUGAUAUGGUGGAGAGGGGGGGAGGUCCACUUACCUCAAGUACCACUGUAUUGUGCUCAAGCAUAACGACGUUUUUUAGGCUGAGCAUACGACUGGCCACGAUGGUAUUUUGAGUUUCCCAAGUGUUACAAUUUCCCUUUUGAAUCCCUAUUUACUUAUGUGACAUUUGGCGCGAGUUUUCUUCUUCUGAUUUUCAGCCGGCACAACGUUUGAGGCAGUUAAAGAGACAGGGACACCUCGAACAGUGAUUCCUCGGUUACUUAAAAAGCUGUUUUAGACGUCAAUCCACCGUUGGAAAUCUUCAUUUUUUUCACACACCUUAUUUUAUAUUCGUAUCUAUGUUACUGAAUCACUGUGAACAUUUCUGACUAAUAACCGAUAGUUCUUAGCUUAUUGAAGAUAAACAUAUUUUGUUUUAGUCAUCUAACUUAUAUAUUAUCACCUUUAGCUCAUCGCCCUAACGAAGGGCUAACGCCAAGGUGGCCAAUUUACAUUAUCUACUCAGUUGAAAGACCAACUAUCUUGUCAAUCCACCGUUGGUAUUGUAUAUAUUUUGCUUUAGCUUCGUUAGUCUAUACUGUAAAUCGGCCAAGGUUGUCAAGGUUGUAGAUUAGAGAGGUCAACUGCAACCUAAGCGGGGCAACAGGAUUCUUGAAUUAUUGAGGAGUAUGUAAAACCUCCUAAUUCAAGUGAGGGGAAAGUACGGAUCCGAAGAAUCAACACGGCAUGUGUUUCUUUGAGCUUAACCAACAAAAUAUAUUUUUCAAUAAAACAGCGUGAAUGUCAACAUGACUGUCAGGUUAGCCUGGGAGAAGGCUGUCAUUAUUGCCCCCGCAUGUGGGCGAAUGCUUGCUCGAUACGAUCCGACGCGCAAGGCGAUUAUGUGAGAGGGACCAAAAAUUAGAGCCCUUACAGACAUCUUCGGGCUCCUAUCGCUCCACCCUUGUGUCCCGCGUCAGUGAGAAACCGCACAAGGCUACGGUUAGGCAGAUACCCAUUGUGCGACGUCCCUUAGUAGAUGCCAUCUACUAAAUACACAACAGAAAGACAGAAAUAAAAAAGGAACC